GUAUUUCUCUAGCUUGUCACUGUAAGUGCACUUAUACUUUAGAGAAGAACAUUUAGGAUCCUCCUCUGAAUACUUUAGUCUGAAAGUUUGUAUUAACUAUAAAUAAUAUCUUUAAUUAUAGUUUUUAUUGAAUAUCGCUCUAGAACAUUCGAAAAAUUAUUUUUGUCUGUAACCCUCAUUAUUAAAAUUUUAAUUAGGCUUCUUAUACUUAAAUAUCGUAGAUCCGAGACUCUUUUUUGGAAAUAUGUAUGCCUUACUUUCCAACUCUUCACAUAUGAAGACUAUUAAAGAGUCUAAAGAGCGUGAAACCGGCUUAUUGAUUCUAACCUUUAAAUUUUUUUAGAUUAUACGACGAAUGAAGUGAGAUGUGGGCGGUCAAAAUAUUGUUAUUAUUUAUUACCAUACAAACAGCAACAGCUGGAUUGGCUGUUAUGUCUGUUGAUUUGGGAGCAGAAUUUAUGAAAGUUGCAAUAGUUAAGCCUGGGGUUCCAAUGGAAGUAGCCCUAAGUAAAGAAAGCAAAAGGAAAACAGAUGUUGUCAUUUCUUACAGAGAUGGAGACAGAUCAUUUGGUGGUCCUGCCAUGUCAACUGCUGUAAAGUAUCCUAGGUUGGCUUAUCGUUUCCUUAAGUACAUAGUUGGCAAAAAAGCUGAUAGUCCAAGCGUGAAAGAAUUUCUGAUUAAGUUUCCAUAUUAUAAAAUUGAAGCACACCCAGAAACAGGAUUUGUUCAAUUUUUACAUGAUGGGGAUGAUAAAUACACUGUAGAAGAACUUUUAGCCAUGAUAUUAGAAUAUGCCCAGGAGAUAGCCUCUCACUUUGCUGAACAACCGGUGAAUGAAGCUGUUAUCACUGUUCCUCCAUUCUUUAAUCAGGCUGAAAGAAGAUCAUUGGCAAGAGCUGCUGAUUUAGCAGGCAUAAAGCUUCUCCAAUUAAUGAAUGAUAAUGCUGCAGUGGCUCUUAACUACGGAGUGUUCAGAAGAAAAGCGUUUAAUACAACAGCUCAGCAUUAUAUGUUCUUUGACGUUGGUUCAAUUUCUACAAAAGCAACCAUAGUCUCUUAUCAACUUGUUAAAACUAAAAACCCUGUUACUGGAAUAGUUGAUACUGAUCCUCAAGUUACCAUAAAGGGAGUAGGAUAUGACAGGAAUUUAGGUGGGUUGGACUGGACGCUUAGACUCAGAGAGCAUUUGGCUAAACGUUUCGAAGCUGUCAAAAAAACUAAGAAUGUGUUAAGAGAUAAUAAUCGUGCCAUGGCAAAACUUUUAAAGGAAGCUGAUCGAUUAAAGCAAGUUUUAAGUGCCAAUGCGGAUCACUAUGCCCAGAUAGAAAACCUGAUGGACGAAGAAGACUUCCGAACCAAGGUUACACGAUCAGAAUUUGAGGAAAUGACCGAUGAUCUAUUUGAAAGAAUCGCAAAACCUGUGAAGGAUGCAUUGAAAACUUCUCAAGUUACAAUGGAUGAAAUACACGAAGUUAUUCUGAUGGGAGCCGGCACAAGAAUGCCAAAAAUACAAGAAAUAUUGAAGAAAACCCUUAAACUUAAUGAACUAGGAAAGUCAAUUAACACCGAUGAAGCGGCUGCUCUAGGUGCGGUUUAUCAAGCUGCACAUUUAUCAAAAGGUUUCCGAGUGAAGAAAUUCACCGUUAAGGAUGCGGCAAUGUAUCCAAUUAUUGUUCGCUUCAACCGUAUGAAAGAAAGCAAUGAAGAAGAAACUAGAGUUAUCAGCAGAACAUUAUUCAACAGAAUGAACAAUUACCCACAAAAGAAAGUCAUGAUUUUCAACAAACAAUUGAAAGAUUUUGAUUUUAAUGUAUUAUACGGAGAUAUGAGCUUCUUGAGUCCAGCUGAAUCAGAAGAUUUUGGAAGUACUGAACUAUUAAAAGUUAAACUCGCUGGUGUAGAAGAUGCUCAUAACAAAUAUAAUGAAAAAGCUGAGGCAAAAGGUGUCAAGGCUCAUUUCAAAAUGGACGAUAGCGGAAUAUUAUUUUUAGAUAGAGUUGAAGCUGCUUUCGAACGUCCUCCAGAUGCGCCCGAAGAAGAAUCAACUUUUCAAAAAUUAGGAAGUACAAUAAGUAAUUUGUUCGGAGGUAGCAAACCAGGAGAAGAAGGAAAGGAUGAGCAGAAGCCAGAAGAGAAAAAGGAUAAUGAAUCUAUAAAAAAAGAAGAACCUAAAGAAGAUAAAAAGGAAGACAAAAAAGAGAAAGAAACUGAUAAAUCAAAAUUUAAGAAGGAAAACAAUGAAGAACCUGAUAAAACCGAAAGUGGCAAGAACAAGAAGACCAAAGAACAAGAUAAAACCGAAAAGACAGAAAACACCGAAACCAAAAAUGAAGAAUCUAAGAAAACCGAUAAAGAAAAUGACAAAAAAGAAACGAAAGAUAGUGACAAGAAGGAACAAAAGAAAGAACCAGCAAAGGCUACCAUUGUUAAGGAACACCUUAGCUUUAGUUUAGAGUCCUUAGACUCUGUUAAUCCAUCUGAUUCUACUAUUAAAAUUUCAAGAAAUUUAUUAAAAGAAUUGAAACAGAAAGAUGAAGAGAAGAUCAAAUUAGCUGCUGCAAAAAAUGACGUUGAAAGUUUUAUUAUUAACUAUCAAGAUAAAUUAUAUCAAGACGAAUAUCAAACUUGUUCUAAAGAGGAGGAAAGAGAAAAAUUAUCAGCAGCGCUAUCAGGAGCAUCAGAUUGGUUCUAUGAUCAAGAUGACUCAGUCCCCAGGAAAACAUAUGAAGACAAAUUGGCAGAGCUAGAGGAUAUUUUUAAAGACAUAAAUAAUAGAGUAAAAGAAAUCAAGGACCAACCGCAAGCCUGGGAAGCAAUGAGAAUACAGCUAAAUCACUCAGAAGUUUUUAUUGCCGGAAUGAAAAAUUUCACAGGAGAAGAUUCUAUAUUCACUCAAGUUGAAUAUGAUACGUUAGAUAAACUAAUCAACAAAACAAGGGAAUGGUCAAAAGAAAAAAAAGCAGAAGUGGAGAAAGCAAACAAGCAAGAAACAUUACCAGUUCAAGUGACAGAUAUUUACAUGAAACUAGCCGAACUAGAUAGAGAAAUACGUUACCUGGCGAGUAAAGCAAAAAAUUAUAGACCCAAGCCAAAGGUAGUACCAACAAAUGACACAAAUAGUAAUACAACCGACACAUCUCAAAACAAAACAAGUGAAACUAAGGAUGACAAAAAGGAAGAAUUUGUUGUGCCGGAAAAGGCUGAAGAGUCGGAGGAAAAGCGAAAACCAAAACAUAAAAGUACUUCAGAAGAUAGUGAAAAAUCAGACGAGACUUUGCAGUUAGAUGGUAACACAGAUCAAACGACUCCUCCUACACAGGAAGACAAAGAUGAGCUGUAA